AUGUCGAGUCUUGAACACGACCAGAACCUGUCCGGCAAGGGACAUCACCAGCACAUCACCAUCGGCGUGCUCGCUCUGCAGGGAGCGUUCAGGGAGCAUGUGGAGAAGCUCAAGUCGCUGGCCGGCGUGACGGUGGUCGAAGUGCGCACGUCUGCGCAGCUGGAGAGCGUGGACGGGCUGCUCAUCCCUGGCGGCGAGUCCACCGCCAUAGCCCUCAUCGCCGAGGCCUCGGGCCUGCUCGAGCCUCUACGCUCCUUCAUCCGCCACCCUCGCAAGGCGGUGUGGGGUACGUGCGCGGGGUUGAUCAUGAUGUCCAAUCAUGUGGAGGGCCAGAAGGCGGGCGGCCAGGCGGUGCUGGGCGGGUUCGAGAUCUCGACGGCGCGCAACUACUUCGGCCGACAGCUGGAUUCGUUCGUGGCCGACACGCUCACCGUGCCCGCGCUGGCCGACGGCGACCGACCCUUCCCCGCCGUCUUCAUCCGCGCGCCGGCCGUCACCGCCGUCCACUCGCCCGACGUGGAGGUCCUCGCCUCGGUCCCCGCGAAGCCGACCGACGCCGAGCACAAGGAGGUGAUAGUGGCGGUACGACAGGGGCGCUUGUUGGGCACGGCGUUCCACCCCGAGUUGACGGACGAUGCGCGGUGGCAUCAGUUCUUUGUUGAUAUGACGCGACGAGCACAGGCGCCGACCGCAGCCGACGACAGCAAGGCGUGA